AUGGCUAUUGCUCGACCCCUCCUGCUUGAGGCUGUGGAAAUACACCACGGGGCCAACUACGCCCGCUGUGUGCUAGACACUGAAGCCCAGCAGUUCGUUCUGCACCUGCCCCUGUCCCAGAAGGGGCCCUUCUGGGAAUGGGAGCCCGGUGCCCCUCGGCCCCUGCUCCAGGCUCUGCAGGACUCAGCCCUGAAGGACCUCCUCUUCACCUGCCCCACCCUCCCCUGGCACUCCCUGAUCCUGAGGCCCCAGUAUGAGGUCCAGGCCAUCAUGCACAUGCGCAGAACCAUUGUCAAGAUCCCCUCCACCCUGGAGGUCGACGUGGAAGACGUCACGGCCUCCUCUCAACACAUCCACUUCAUCCAACCGCUGCUGCUGAGUGAGGCCCUGGCCCGGGGGGGGCCCUUCCCUCUGACGACAGAGAUCCUGGAAGUUCCAGAGGGGCCCCCUAUCUUCCUCAGCCCAUGGGUAGCGUCCCUACAGAAAGGCCAGAGGCUCUGCAUCCAUGGCCUGGCCUCACCGCCCUGGCGGGUCCUGGUCUCGACUAAGGGCCGGAAGGCGCCCAGACACUUCAUGGUCUCUGGAGCUUACCAGGGCAAGCUGCGGCGGCGGCCAAGAGAGUUCCCCACGGCCUAUGACCUCCUGGGCGCUCUCCGGCCAGGCCAGCCGCUCCGGGUAGUGGCCACAAAGGACUACGAGGGCGAUGGGGUAGAGAGCCCUGGGUUCACUUCCCUGGCUGUGGGUGACAGGCUGGAGGUGUUGAGGUGUGGCCAGGCCCACGGCGCUGAAGGCAGAGACAUAGAUGUCUUGGUGUGUCAACGGCUGAGCGACCAGGCUGGAGAGGAGGAGGAAGACUAUGAACAGAUAGAUGAAGACCAGAUUCUGCUGCCCCUCUACUGCUCCAGUAGCUUCGUGGAGGAGAUGAAUGAUGGCCGGCGCUACAGCCUGGAAGAUCUGACUACCCAGUUUUCACUGCCCUGUGAAGUCAAGGUGGUAGUCAAGGACAGCAGCCACCCUGCUGACCCUCUGCCCUCCUUCCCGGGCCUGCGGCUGGAGGAGAAAAUCAUGGAACCCUUCUUGGUGGUCAGCCUUGACUCCAACCCUGCGAUGUGCUUUGAGAUCCCUCCCCGGUGGCUGGACCUGACUGUUGUGGAGGCUAAGGGCCGGCCGGGCCGGCCAGCCAGGCCUCUUCCUAUAGCCACAGUGCAGGAGCUGGCAGAUGCCUUCUACUACAGCCUUCGGAGGUUACCAGCCUUUGAGAGCCAACUCCCACCACCAAGACCCCCCAAAAGUGAGGGCCUCCGCGGGCAGAAGAAACAAACCAGCAAGGGAAAAGGCAGCCAGUCUUCUCAAGUCUUAGAACUGCAGCAAUGCCCCCUGCUCCUCAAACCCAGGAUGAAGACACUGCCACAGAGUGCCAAGAACAGCUCAGAUACAUACAGCAAGGUUUCUGCCCACAAGAAGGGCCUCAGGGCCACUAAGUCCAACACGAAGGCUCCAGAUGAUGACGAACAUGAUUAUGAAGAAGUACUUGGACAAUUUCAGAAUACCCUGUAGAUGCCGGAGGAGCCCUGCUUCUUAACUGCUGCUUCUCAGGGAAUCUGAGAUACCAGCCAACCAUUACAAGACCGUGGACAGGAUCUCACUGAAAUCAGACUACGGACGGCAAAGGACUCUGGGGGCCUGAUCUGUAAAGGGAUGGACAUUGUACCAGCUUCCCUCCAGUUCUAGCUAGGCUCCUGGCACCUUGCACUCCCUCAGCCUCAGAGUUUUGGUACCCAGAGGAGCCAACUGGGUUCUACUCAAUCCUGAGUCCCCAGCACCAGUGGUCUCACUGGUUGGUGCAGAAAGUAAUCAGAGAACACUGGGCGGCGGUGGCACAGUGUUUCCUGCCUCUUGGUAAAGGGGACUCAAUCCUGACCACACCGCACCAAGAGCCUUUUGUUAUGUUUGCCACCCCCUCGUUGUUGGCCCACUCUUUCUCCUCUUCCCCCACCCAAUUCUAAUCCCCCGAGAGACCAGGACCCUCUCAUCUCUGCAGUACACAGCACAUGAGAGCUGCAGGUGACUAUCCAAGAUUUUUUCACUCGAAAACCAUUGAAUAAAGAUUACAUCUGGGCUUCUGGAAAAAUGGUUAACAGGUAUCAUUUAGUUAAGUCGUGUGCCAGACCCUUUAUAAACAUGAUCUAAAUCCUUAACUCUCUAAGAUAGACACCGGCCCGAUUUUAAAGAUCAGAAUACAAGUUUGAGUGGUCAGGUGCUUUAGGAAGCAGACUAGUCAUGAGCUGAGUUAGGACCCCAGCUCACCACCUAUCAGCCGUGACUAUGAGCAAGUUAUUUUAACCUCCCUAAGCUUCAGUUUCCUCAUAUGUAAAAUGAAACUAAUAGUUUUCUACCUCACAAAAUUGUUUUUUUUUAAUUUUUUUUUUAACGUUUAUUUAUUUUUGAGACAGAGAGGGAGGGAGCACGAACAGGGGAGGGUCAGAGAAACAGGGAGACACAGAAUCUGAAACAGGCUCCAGGCUCUGAGCUGUCAGCACAGAGCCUGACGUGGGGCUCGAACUCACGGACCGCGAGAUCAUGACCUGAGCCGAAGUCGGACGCUUAACCGACUGAGCCACCCAGGCGCCCCAAUUGUUUUAAGGAUUAAAUGAAGUAAUCUUGGUAAAGUUUUUUUUUUUUUUUUUAAAGUUUAUUUAUUUUGAGAGAGAAUCCCAAGCAGGCUCUGUGCUCAUAGCACAGAGCCUGAUGCAGGGCUCGAACCCAUGAACCGUGAGAUAAUGACCUCGGCCAAAAUCAAGAGUUGGUUGCUUAACUGACUGAGCAAGCUGGGUGCCCCUUGGUAAAGUAUUUAGUGCAGUGCCUGGGACAUAAUAAAUACUCAGUAAGAAUGUUAAUUAUCCUUAUUGUUGACCCAGAUCACAUAACUGUACCUGUCUCUAAAACCUAUGUUCUUUUUUUAAAUGUUUAUUUUGAGAGAGAGAGAGAGAGAGAGAGAGAGAGUAUGCAUGAGCAGAAGAGGGACAGAGAGAAUCCAAGCAGGCUCCAUGCUGUCAGUACAGAGCCUGAUGCAGGGCUCAAAUUCACAAACCAUGAGAUCAUGACCUGAGCCAAAACCAAGAGUCAGAUGAUUAACCAACUGAGCCAUCCAGGCGCCCCUCUAAAACCUAUGUUCUUUCCCUAUUCCCACUGUCCCCUAAUCACAGAAUUCAUCUCAAUGUUUGAAAUAUACUAAGCUCUUAGACUCUGGAGACAACGUGUACUGAUCGGUUGGAGAGCCUCACCAUCCAGUGUAACAGAGAUAAGGGAACAAAUACAAACCCGGCUCUAUGCAGAGACCAACUCAGCUUCCAAGGUCAGUCUAGGCCUGUUCCGUGAGUUAAGACCACAGACCUCACUUCUGGAAGUGGUGGGGCUUUGGUUUCCUAGACUGAUGCAGUCACAGAACUAAGCACCAUGGACAGCAGGAGACAGGACACAGAUAAAAAGGUGACCUGAGUCUCCAGCUGAGAUGUGAGCUCCAGGAGUGUCAAUAUGCAGCCUGGAUUCUAGGUACUGCACUUGAGUGUGUCCCUCCUGUGUCUGCUAACACUCCUUUGGGCUGUCCGGACCCACGGCACUUCCUAUGGAAGCCUCUUGGCAGCUACCAAGCAGCUAAUACAGGCUGGUGGGCCAGUUCCCAUGCCUUCCUGCAGAGACCAUCUAAACUACACGCGACCCUGAGGAAGAGUGUGCUCUGGGACAAACAAUAAGCCAGAACGUAAGAAAAAAAGUUCCUUCUUGGCUCAGAACCCUUAGGACCAAGCCCACAUGCAAAAUUCACUUCCGUCUGCAUUUAAUUGUGGCACCAAAUUGAGCAAGAUCACAAAAGGGGGACAGAGAAGAGGGCUACCCGUUCCUACAUAAUGGGAUUUCUGAGUGGCCAAACACUGCAAUGAGGAGAAAGAAAGCAAUUUCACAGCUAGGAAAGAUGAGGUUAAAAGGAAACCAUGUCUGGGGUGCCUGGGUGGCUCAGUCUGUGAAGCGUCCGACUCUUGAGAGCAGCUCAGGUCGUGAUCUCGAGGUUGUGAGAUCGAGCCCCGCAUUGGGCUGUGCUGACAGCGCAGAAACUCCUUAGGAUCUCUCUCUCCCUCACCCUCUGCUCCUCCCCUGUGCUCUCUCUCAAAAUAUAGACAGAUCUGCGGAUAAUGUACUGGUUGACUGACUUUUACGCACGAAUAUAGCUCCCUAGAUAGGAACCGUUCGGCAGGUACAGAAACAACCACCAGACUGUUGUUCACUUUUAGAAACUGGAGGGUGGGGCCUUUCCCGCACUGCUGCCAGUAGGUUUCACUCAGAAACACAGUUAAAGCGGUUACAGAAUUUUUAUUUGCAUGUUAUACCUCAUUAACUUACCUCAGAAUUAAUUCUUUUAUUCAAGACAUAGCUUACAUUCUGGAGUUGUCAAAAACAUCUUUGAGCUAGUGUUCCCUCCCACAAGAAGUGGAACUGAUUAAGCUGGCCAAAAAAUAGCUGUCGGCCUUCAGACAGUCUCCUCUUGGGGCCAAAUGGCCGACGCUCAACUCAGCUACACGACCACAUACUGCCAGAGUCAAGAUUCAGAAUGGCAAUGCUCGAUGCUUUACAAACAUCAUCUUGCUCGAGUUUCACAACAGACCUAUAGGAACUGACGCUGUUCUCUUCUCAUGAAUAAAUUCGAGGCCCUCAGAACUGAUGUGGCCGGCCCAAGAACCUAACCAGAAGUGGAAAAGCCAGGAUUUCAAACCCACAGCAAGCCUAUGCUACGUGCCUCGGAUAAUCAAGUAGUAAUUACACCAGUUUAGGAAGAAGAAUAACAUUUUCACGAAUUCUGCAAUAGAACUAUUUUAUUAGACAUAUGGGGGCACUUAUUUUGUAUGAAAUCGAAGUAACAUCUCUUGCUCUCUCCUGCCCUCAUGAGGCCACCACUCUAGAACGUAACAACACACUUUCGGCAGCAGCCAUGACGAGGUGAAGGAGAGUGCAAUUCUGAAAAAUAACACCCUAUAACCAAAGGGGGGGAACAAAAGCAGAGAUUCGGGGGUUUCUUGGCUCGCUCCCCACUGAAGGCCCUGGGUCCUGCUCAUCUUCUUUCAACAGGAAACAUGUUAGGAGUGGAAACUCCCGGGUAUAGCUUGAGUAACGCUGCCCAACUCUCUUGGUAGCAUCUCUCUUCCACUUCCAUUUGUGCUGAUGUUGUAAGCGGCUUGUUUGUAACUUCUUUAAGAAAGUCCACCCAGGUUUACAUUCUGUCAGUUGCCCAAAAUGGAGCUUCAAAAAACAAAAACAAACAAACAAAAAAGAAGAGCAGUAACUUUCAAAAUGAGACCCUUUCUAGAUGAAAGCUACUCCCUAGAAGUCAAUUGGCCAAACAUGCACAGCUGGAGACAACAGAUGAUGAAAACAGGUCCAGCUGGAAAAUACCUCGGGUACUCAAUUAGAUCCAGUUACUCUGCAUCUGUGGAUUUAAAAUGAUCGUCGUCCACAGUGGAAUAGAUGUGUCCCUCGUUGCUAAGAAAAUCUACAGCUUGCCUAGGAAGAAACAAAGAAAGAAAAAAAAAAAAGCCUCAUUUUAAACUGAUGCAGAAGACAGGAAACUGCCUUUUGGAUAUGGCCAAACAUAGAUUUUACUCACUUCCCAUUUUUUAUCUUAGCUAAGAAUUCAUAGCCACUUUGUUCACAGGGCUCUUAGAAGGAGAAAUACCAGUAAAACUGCAAAACUGAGAUAAUGCACGGAGACCAUGGCUAUCAGGGGUGCCUUGGACUCCUCUCCCGAACUGUGUAAACACAAGAAACGAGGGCCUAACUCAAAUGCCAGUGUAAGCAAACGAAGAAUCUAAAAACACAGUCCAGCUUGCACACAGAAUCUCCUAGCAUAAACAGCUACUUUUAAAAGUCCCUCCUCCCUACCCACCCAUCAACCCUCCUGCUCCCCUCUGGGAAGUAAAGUUGCAGGGCAUAAAGGAAAGACCUUUCCGGACAUGACAGGACACCCUUCAAGGCCCUCUGGAUCAGUGCCAGUAACAUAUGUAAUAACAGUAAUAAUUUGUA